AGUCAUUCAUCAAUCUAGCUAUAAAUCAAUUUAAGCGGGAGGAGGGGGCUUCCCAUGAAUUAAAUAUGAACUGUUUGGUGUAGGGAAGUGGUCCUCUGUAGAUACAUAUAUAUAAACCCUACAACAUGAGACAGAUUGAACGACUGCACAGAGUGCACUGAAGGGGAAAGAAGACAUUGGCUUAGCAAGGAGAACUGGUAAACUUCCGACCAGCAAUCAGAGGGAGGGAGCAGAGCACAGACUUUUCCUUCAAAACUCCAGUUCAGUAUCUGAAGAAGAAACCUGCGGAAAAACCAAAACAGCUGCAAAGGCAUUCAGCACUCACGAGAGCUCCCAGGGUUGUUUUGGUCAGGGUACUAUCCUGCUCCUGAGAAGACAAGAAAGCCUCCUUCAUCCUUUGUCCAUAGAGAUGGAAUACAGAAGUGGCUUCCAGUAUCUCCUGUCCUUUGCGCUUCUUUAUGUUUUCUGCUCCCAAACUCUUGCUUUAUCUUCUUUGGGAACAUAUGCAGCAAUGAGGUAUGAUGAACAGAUGCCAGUCAAACGCCACUCUGAUGCUGUCUUCACUAACAAUUACAGUCGCCUUCGAAAGCGGAUAGCUGUGAAGAAGUAUUUGGACUCUAUCUUAACUGAAGAAAAAAGGCAGAAAAAACCGAAACCACCGAGCCUUCAGGAUGAAACAGAGUGGUAUGAUCCUGCAUUUUCAGGAGACGAUGAUGGCGUCACUAUAGAAGAUUGCGAACUGCUGAGGCACCUCCCUUUGGACCUUUGAAGCCAACUUUGCAUAGAAAUCCUGCAAAAAAAUCCUUCUAAAGUCCUAAAGACAAGAUCAAACUAUUUUUGAGUUUCUCAUAGUAUUUCAAAUAAAUAAUUUCAGUCCCUUAAAGCAAAGAACUGGAGGAGAUAUCUUGGGAAAAGAGAACAUUUUCAUUAGGAUACACAGAAAUGUCAAGCUACAAUUCAUAAUAUAGCAAAAUAUAGCAAAAUUGAUUUGGAAUGUCUUCUCAAAGGAAAUUCUGAGGAUACUUGGAAAUAUUAUUUCAAUAUGGUGAAUAAAAUUUCUAAACCUUUUUUCUGCAUAGUUGUAAUAUGUAAAGAAAUUGUUUUCCUCAAAUCAUUAUUGCAGAUUUUGGUGUUGCCUUUCUGUCUCUUUUCAUAUAUAUUCUGAUAUAUUCUAAUUAUACUAUCCCAUCUGAUUAUGUCUGUUGUCAUAUUUGAGUGCAAUUGAUAAAUGAACGCCAUAGGAACUUGGAUAAAUUUUUUACAGAAGGCUACACCAUUAUUUCAAAUCUGAAAUAUCUGCAUUACCAACCAGUCAAACUAAAGUGUGAUACAUACCUUGUACAUUUAUUGGUGUGCACAUUUUCCAUACAAAGAUAUCACAGUUGGUAGGUUUAAUUUGUCCUAAAAUCAUUGAUGCUAAGGAUUAUUCUGCAUUUGGCUCUGUAUAUGUUUACUGAUAAAAGUAUUCCUAAUAUAAAAAGCAGGACUGGAGACACUUUACUAUUUUUUCCAAAAUGAAUGUAACUGAUGAAAUAUGCAGACAAUAAAGACA